UCCCAACCCCUCUCUUCAUUCGAAUGUGAAGCCCACUACGAAAAUGUCUGAGAUACUAACCGAUACGCAAAGCAGAAGCAUAUCCACGCUAAGCCACGACGUGAAAUCUAGUCUUUCUAACUUGAAAUUGGGCUUAGAAAGGCAAACCGACAUUGAUCAAUUUCCGAUACAACCGAAUGUCCUUGAGGAUCUUUUGGACAGGUUCUUGUUGUGGGCCGGAAAUUUAGGGGCACUCCAGGAUUCGACGAGCACGCUUUCAUUAGAUAGUCGCAUCUCAUCAUCUCCGGAGAUUUACGAGCAAGUAUGCGAAUUUCUCGACGAUCUACGUGAAGCUAUUAAUGAUUUGACGGAAAUAUUCGAAGGGAAUCGACCUAAUAGAGAUCUCCAGAAUCCCGUUACCGAAUAUCUUGACAUAUGCCACGAUUACGAACUGGAAAACCCCCCUCCUCUCGGGCUACCGUGUUCUGACGAGGCACAUGCCAUUGUUGAGGUUAUUUUACAAUGCAUCCGAUCUCUUUUCAGAAUCGGUGUAUUGAUCCGAAAAUCAAGUCCCCGAGAUCGAUUUCAGCAAGCUCUCCAAGAUACGGAUUGUGUGUUUCCGACAGUGUUCGACAUUGACCAUGUCCGGCAUAAAUACCCCAAACUAAGCGAGUCCAACACGCAGACCAUCACGGGAAGGAUGGGAAAGGCGAAUGCGAAAAGGAGACAGUUCAUAAAAUACUGUCGUGACCACAAAUCACGACUAGAAGCUGAAGAUGAGAGAGCUGAAAAGCAGUCGAGCAAAGCCACUACCCUACCCCCAACUGGAUUAGACCAACUGACCCAGCUAGAGCGGUACACGGCGGAAGAUGAAGAUAGAAUAUCAUUAACUACGGCAUCGACUACAUUUGAGUCUGCUGAGGAUUGUAGACUGCCAACGCUCGGAGAACUAUCGCCCGACUUUGAGCCAUUUGAAUGCCCUAUAUGCUUCACACUUCAGUCUUUCCGACGAGAGAAGGCUUGGAGAUUCCACGCCUUCUGCGACCUCAGGGCAUAUGCUUGUACUGUGGGAGGGCCGGAAUGCGAAGAAAAGCUAUUCAUGACUCGCAAUUCAUGGUUUGAACAUGAAUUAAAGGUCCAUCGAUCAAAAUUUGCAUGCCCUAUAUGUAAGAAAGAUAGCGACAGCAAAGUGACUAUGAUGUCUCACAUCGGAUCUGCGCACAUCAAUUUCACAGCUGAGCAGAUCCCGAUAUUGGCUGAGGAAGGACGGGUGGUGCCAACCCGCUUUGACGCCCGAGAAUGUCCAUUUUGCAAUGAUUGGGCCGUGAAACUGAGAUCUAAGCGUCAAGCACUCGAGGGAACCCAAUUUACCACCCAAGACGAGAGUAAAUUAGUUGUCUCAAUGUCACGAUUCAGAAAACAUGUGGCUACCCACCAAGAACAGCUCGCAACAUUUGUGGUAUCAACACCGCGAGAACCCGGCGACACAAUCAGUGAAAGCGAAGAUGACGACGAGCUUGUCCGGGAGGUUGACAAACUAACGAUAAUGGACAAUGCCCCCAAUACAAUUAGAUUUAGGACUAGCGCUGGCGGUGGCAGUGUCGGUUACAGUGGGUGGAGAUGGGACUGUUGUUCUUGUUCCAAUGGGGCCAAUCAAUCCUAUAUAUACAAUCCUAAUUGCGUAGAAUGUUGGCAUCGAAGGGCGGAUUGUUGUGAAGUCUACAGAAUCAAAAUAACUUCCUAAGAUCGAUGUUUUGAUUUAAGUGUACGGAUUGGCUGGUGGGGCUUACGAAUAAUGAGGAAUUAAGAGUCGAGAGAUGUAACUGCCGCCCCUUGCAAUAUAAGUGAUUGCCUACUAUGUAGGUAGAUAUAAGCCUGCUUAUACAGUACGCAGUACGACGUGAAAGCAUUGUCCAUAGCAGAAUAAGAGAAGAAGGAAGGUGGAAUUGUGGUUCGUCCACCAAAAAGAGUUCUACGAAAAGACAGUAUAUUCUGGGCUCUUUGACUGCUUCGUCCGAUAUUUCUGGCAGCGUAAAAGCUAGGUAGAAUUCAAAGUUCGC